ACACAUCAUAACUGAACCGUUCUGACUUUGUUAUUGUGCUAGCAUCUUCAUGAGUUCUGCAGGUCUUCUAACUUCUCACCCGGGAAAACAAAUUAGGGUGCUAUUUUAACAUCAGGAGCAUAACCAGCACCUAAGAUCAUAACAGUUUUACAGCGCUCUGUGAUGACUAGUCUUUGCAGUGAGUACAUGUUACAACAGUAGUCAUUUGUAUUCGAUAUUGAUUCUCUUUACAAUUGAGUUGAGUGACAUGAAUUAUAAUCUCUUUAGUAACAGACUAUAACGAUUGUACGCAGCGCAUAUUACUAACAGUGGAUACGACAUAGUAAAUUGUCGGUUUUAGACAAGGAUUUGUAGAAUUAAAAAUACAAGGGGACGUAAAUUGCAUUCGUUUUUUAAAGUUAUAAGUGUCAUAUUUAAAAGAACUUUAACGUGGGUAAGUUUUGUCUCGGCUUAAACGUGAUCAGGAUACAGAAUACACAGCUGGUCUACUUUGCACCAUACCAAUGAUAAUAGAGUUAUGUGAAACAGUGAUGGCAACCGUGGAAGACUCACCUCAAGACCAAGAGACCAACCGAAAGAAAUUUUCAAACUGGCUGCAAUGCGUCAAUGCUCUUAAGGAGACAAAAACAGCUUUACAUGAUCACGUUUCGGAAACAUUUAAGGUAGAACUAAUAUCCUGGGAUUUACGUAUAAGGAGUCACAUACCUCAAUUCCUGAGGUGUGUCGCAGAAGACAGAAUAGAAAUAAGGAAAACUGAAGCAAAGUUGAAAGGUAAUGCUAAAAGCGAAUGGCAUUGUAAUUGUGAACAUUCAGAUUCAGAUUGUAAUCAAAUUUUAAAGAAACUGUUGGCUCUUCAGCAAAACCCAGGUUUCAACAUUGUGUGGAAAACAGAAAUAUGCGAAAAACUUGCAAAGAAAGAAUUGCAAAUUGAACCAGACGAUGAUGAUAAGACGGAUAAUAUUCCAACGGUUGAAACAUGGAAUGUAUGGGAGUUCUUGAAAAGGCUGUUUGACCUAAUAGGCUUUACGUCUAGAAAGCAAGACGUUGAAGUAAUAAAGUAUGAAGAUAUAUUUGACGGCUGCACACAGGAACAUGUCUGGUGUAUAGCAAAUAUGUUUAUGCAACGUGGGAAAAACAAAACUAAUAUCUUAAACACUGGUCCCGGAAAUACAGAUGCCUCGAUGUUCCUCAAAAUGAUGAUGAACUGCAAGCUGUUUGAAAUUGAAAACGAGAACUAUCUUUAUGGCGAUGUUAUUCUCUGCCGGGACAGACUUCAUCAUUCUGCAAACAAUCGUGUCCGUCAGACUGAAGCUAAGGCAUAUCUCAACACUAUGAUCAGCUGUUUGGAACGAUUUGAGCAUGUAGCAAAAUGUAAGACUGCCAUACAAAAUAUUGAAAAGAUGCUUCAAGAGACAAUAUUGUCAGUGUCUGUGCCCGAUGAAAAUCUUAAAAGGCUAAGACAAAAGGCCGAAGAAGCACUAAAAGAAAAGAAGUCCGCUCUGGAGGUCGAUCAAGAAAUAGACAAAACAAGUGGAAUUAGCAGUGACGAUACUAGCGGGAUGUUAAAGGAGACAAAAGAACAGCUUGAUAGCAUUAGCGAGUCGCAGCCAGUAGAAUAUUUAAACGACAAAAUGAAGUCGAGGGAGGACUACAAGCGGGAGAAAGCAGAACACGACGAACACAGAGUGAAACAGUUGGUAACAGAUCAGAGGAAAUAUUCUACAAGUACUGAUCAGACAGUAAAAGAUCCUAUCAAGCAUCUUGAAAAAAUGGCGAAUCUUGUGAAAUCUUUCCCAAGCAACUUGGAUAUAGCUGAAGCUGUUACAGGACAGCUUAAUCCAUUUUUAGAUCAGAUUGUUAAAAUUGCGGCUGAGAAAGAUGAAGAAAUCAAGGAAAGCCUUGAAGAAGUUUAUGAGGAAGAACGACAGGAAUACGAGUUGUUGGAGAAGACGGAAAAUUCAAGUGACUUUGACAGCGAAUCCCCGAUUCCACAGACAAAGGAAGAUGACAACUCUGUAAACCAAGAUCUUGAGGACAAGUCUCUAACCCAAGAUCUCGAGGACAAGUCUGUUGACCAAGAUCUUGAGGACAACUUUGUAAGCCACGAUCUUGAGGACAAGUCCCUAAACCAAGAUCUUGAGGACAAGUCUGUAAACGAAGAUCUUGAGGACAACCCUGCAAACCACGACCUUGAAGCUAACUCUGUUAACAACGAUGCUAACGCUGAAGACUACAAGAUGUCUACAAACCAAGUACUAGAAGCCAGUAACUCUGAGGCAGCAUCGUUAUGUUGCAGUCCACCUGGAAUUGAUCGAAAUCACAGACAUAUUUGGUCUGUUAUUCAGACGCACCACUGCAGCGUCAGAGUGGAGGGGGAUUCUACUCGAAAUUCUUUCUUUACAUGCUGUCGAAUAUCUCCGACUGAGAUUCUGCUAGCAGACCGCAUCAACAAGAAGUUAAAGAAACUUGACAACAGUUACCAGGUGAUAAGAGUACUAGAUCUCAACGACUGGCCAUUCGAUCUGUGUUACGUAGGUGACAGUGAAUGUGUUGUAGCUCUACCCGGAAGAAAAUUACAGUUUGUGGAUGCUACAGAUAAAAUGAACCUGACAAGAUCACUUGAUAUAAAACAUGAUUGUUCUGGACUGGCCUAUAACAAUAACCAUCUGUAUGUAAUAGACGAUAGGUCGGUUUAUAUAUACAAUACUGAUGGAACAUUGCAAAAUGUCCUGUACACACACCAGUCUGAUAAUUCUCUGUUUCGGCAUAUUGCGGUAAGUGAUGACGGUGGUAAAAUGUACAUCACAGAUUUAAAUAGUGGACUUGUCACUGUUGACUCUUCAGGAAAUUACAUGAACACAACAUUUGAUGCAGAACUCAAUGAAACAUGGGGUGUAUGUGUAGAUAGUAAAGGUCAUGUCUUGGUUUGCGGCAUCAAUUCAACCAAUAUAUUGCAAAUAAGCUCUGAUGGUAAACAGAAGAUCGGAACAAUAAAGAACAAAUUAGACUGUGAAGCGGACAAUAGCGUAUUAUAUUUUGAUAGACAGAAUGACGUGCUUAUAACUACAGGCACGUCGGGGAAUAUAACUGUUUUAAAAUUACGAUAAAGACUUUUCUUUUGAAAAGUGAAAAUAUAUUCAAAAUUAUCGAACCCCGGACUUCUGGUCCGAAAGCCAUGCGUGAUACCUAUAGACCAACGUGUCACACUUCUAAUGAUAAGGUGAAAAGAGACGCCAUUUGGAAAGAAAGUCCAUUAAUCCAUUCAUCAAAACACUUCGUGUUAUCCUAAUUAUUUAAGUUCUUUCUUUUGAAAAGCAGACAGAGAAACAAGAAUAGAAAAUAUAAUUGCUGUUUUAUAUCUUCGGUCGAAUAAAGUGCUCAAAUGCA